AUAAAAUGAGGGAAGGAAAAGAAAACAAUAUUGUUGCAACUAUGCGAGGAAGGACGGACGUGGUAGCGAAUUCGGGUUGACUAGACUUUGAACAAAUCUACAUUCGUUCACCGUCCCUAUAGGUGAUAGGCCCUACACGGAUAUCUCUGCAUGAUAAAGCUCUCAAACGGUAUACUGCAAGGACAUAAAGAAGGUGUAUAUCUGAUGACUGUGACCGGUGUUUUAUCAGGAAGAUAAUUGAUGGUUCAUCAUGUGGUCUUUGUCAGCUCUCGUUCUUUGUCUCUUUGUGACGUCAUUCUCUGGAUGUGAAGCAUUUUUCAAUCUUAACUCGGUGAAAAAAUCGUUUACCGCAACCGAUUGUGGACAAAGAUUAGGUCAAAAUGCAGCUAUCCGUUUCAACCAAGUAUCCGUCACACCCGAGCCGAUAACCCUGCCAGGAACGAUACGUAUCGCUGUCAAUAUCGAUAUCGUUCGUAACAUCUCGCAGACAUUGUCGGCUGAUAUCACAGUGAAGAGGCGACUCAAUCUUGGUUGGUUUGGAUAUUCAUGGUUUGACGUCACGCCGCCAUGCAUCCCAUCCGCGGGACAAGGAUGCCGUACUGACCUCUGUGACGUCAUUAACUCCGUUGUGCAAACCGAAGGAUGUCCAGCCGAGGUCAUUGAUAACGGUUUUACAUGUGCCUGCCCUCCGAUCACGGGAUCGUACGUGACGCGGAGUAAUCUCCCUCUCGUCGUCCAGAUACGAGAAAGUGAUUUGCCUCUUCAAUUAGUUCGUGACCUCAUUCAGGGCACAUACAAAGUAACUACAGAAGUCUAUGACGGAUCUGGAUCCAAAGUGGGCUGUUUAGAGACUAUAUUUGGGCUUCUUCAUAACCAAACCCCCUAGAUAUAAGAGCUCCAAUCUAAAUUGGGCUGUUAUAUGAUAUUACUUGGCGUUUUCUAGCCAACUCCCUAGAUCAACAAAACGACGAGCUACAAUGUACAUGGGGCUUUGCUUGAGACUAGAUUUGGGUUUCUUCAUAGCCGUAUACUCCAUCUCUCAGAGAGUAUAAGACAGUUUCAAUUUACGAACAAUGGAUCUGCAAUGGAUUAAGUAGGACAUUUAUAGAUUUGAGCUUCCUAACAGCCAAAUAAUGGCUGAUUAGCCCGGGGCCACUUACAUUGACGAGUGGAUACCAUGCGCGACCAAAAAAACACGUAAAAAAGAUGUCUUUUUCAAGAUAGGGCACGUUACGUACGUAACGUGAUAAGGGUGUCAAAACGCAAAAAUAAUGAAAAAAGGGUAUCUAUUUCGCUAGAAAAGCUACGUGUUUAGGGUCAAAUUUGCGGGGAUGAUAAAACAAAAUCAAAAUGUUUUAUAAAGAAUGUCCUUUUUUGCUCCGAUUUGCGCGAGGUGUGGAAGGUGGGGCCGUACUAAACCAAAUGGUGUGUAAAGGUAAAACCGACGACCUACGGAGCCGUGACAUAACAAUAAAAUAUCGCUGUACUUGUUUAGAGGUUCAUUUUAAGGAAUACUUGCCAAGAGUAUCGUUUUGUUUCAAAUACUUGUUAAGGGUAGAGUUUCACACGCCAAUACUUGUUAAGGGGUGCAUUUUUAGAAUAUGGGAAAUACGUGUUUAGGGUGCAUUUUGAGACCGUAUGGUCGCGCAUGGUAUCCACUCGUCAAUGGAAGUGCCCCCCCCCCCCCUCCCCCGGGCUGAUUAGACAGUGAGACGGGGAGGGGUGGGAUGUGACGUCAUAAAUAUGAAUAAAUUAAAGCAAUCGCCCUAGCAACCGGGGGCAGCAGUCUUACCGCCCUCAAACAGCUCUCCCCUUUCACGCUACUAAGGUGAAUAAAAUAAUAUCCAACCAUGUUGGUCUGCAUCAUUGUGUGGGUUACACUUCGUAAUUCCGAAGGUUCGUAAUUCCGAAGGUUCUUUAUUCCGAAGGUUCGUAAUUCCGAAACACGUAAAUUGCCUAUACCUCGAUGUUCGUUUAUCCGAAAACGUAAAAGAGUUCGUUAAUCCGAACAUUUGUGACGUUUUUCCGAAGGUUCGUUAUUCCGAAGGUUCGAUAAUCCGAAAACGAAAUAAAGUUCGAUGUUCCGAAGGUUCGUAAUUCGAAAACGAAAUAAGGUUCGUUGUUCCGAAGGUUCGUAAUUCGAAAACGAUAUAAGAUUCGUUGCUCCGAAGGUUCGUUAGUCCGAAAACGAAACUUCGGAAUUACGAACCUCAUUUCGUUUUUGGAUUAACGAACCUUCGGAAUUACGAACCUCCCUUCGUUUUCGGAAAAACGAACCUUCGGAAUUACGAACCUCAUUUCGUUUUCGGAAUAACGAACCUUCGGAAUAACGAAGCUUCGGAAUUACGAAUGUAUGCGAUUGUGCGUAUGGCAAAUUGUUUUCUCAUUUAAUCCAUAUUAAAUUCAUUACGUCAUUUUCAAUUGUA